UGAAAGCAGUCACUGGCAGGGUUCAAAGGUUGCAGGCAGCCACAACCAGCACGGCCAGAUACUCAGAGGGACUGGAUUCUGGGCUCCAGCAAUGGGUUUCUCAGGUCCCUGGACUACAGCCGUUCACGUGCUGUUGCUAGUGCUGGCCCUCCAGUCUGCUGAAGGUAACAGCAGAGAACCUUUGAUCAUCCUGGAGAAUUAUGAGGACAAUGGAAUCAAAGUUGUAUGCUCUUCUGAGCAGAGUGUUUCCAAUGUGCAAGUGUUGUGGACAGAUGGUAAAGGACACAAUCUCACUGGAAACUCACAUAGCUCAGAUGCUGACACAGAUUUGAAUGAUGCCAGAAGUUCUAUCAUUCUGAAAUCAGGAUCGGACAACUCCAUCUCCUGCAACGUAAUUGAUAAUGUGAGAAAGAACUCAGCCACAUCUACAGUUGUAAUUGCAGAUGUUUUCUUUCCUGCCACCUCCCCAUGGAUGGCUGCCUUCAUCGUGAUACUGCUGAUUAGCAUAGCCCUGGUUACCGCGGCCAUUUACAAGCUGAAAAAAAAUAAUGAGACAACUGCUCUUGCUGUAAAUGACAAGAAAUGCAUCGAAGACGAAAUAUUGAGGCUCAAAAAAGAAGAGGAGGAUCAGAAGAAAAAAGCUCAAAGUGAAAUUCAGGAAAUAGAAGAAAAGUAUAAAAAAGCCAUGGCUGAGCUGGACUUCAGGAGGGCUCGUAGCAAUGCAGUUAACAUCACUCUGGAUUCUGACUGUAAACACUCCAAUCUCUCACUCCUGGAUAAAAAUAGAGUUGUUUCCAAAACAGAGAGCAAAGUCAGCAGAGAAGUCAUAGUGAUCGCAAAUGAAGGAUUUUCAGAAAGGAAACAAUACUGGGAGGUGGAGGUGGGGGACAGACCGUACUGGGAGCUGGGGGUGCUGACUCAGGAUAUGAGGGACAAAAUGAAAAAAGAGAAGUUUGAGAAGCUUCCUGAGGGGAGAUAUUGGAGUUUGCAGUUUUCAGGGGGUCAAUACAAUUGUCAUGGGAAAAGUGACAAAAUCGCCUCUGAUGAUGAUAAAUGCCCAGUGGUUGGGAUUUUUCUGGAUUGGGAAGAUGAAAUGAUUACAUUCUAUAAUGUUGAGCUGUCGUGCCCUAUUGAGUUCAUUCAUCUAGAGUUUCAGGGAAAGCUGUACCCGUUCUUCAAUCCUGGCGGUGAUAAGCAAUACCUGGGUGUCCGUCCUGUCAAUGUUUCCAGCCCCUUAACUUCCCUUUGAAAUCAAGAACUGAAUCAAAAGUUGAUACUUUUAAGCUUACUGCAUCUGAGGAGAGAGGAGAUGGUGAACAUCUGAACAAAAACAAGGAAAGGAGAGGUUUUAAUUCAUCAUUAUAGAAUUGGAGAGAAAGAGAUGAGAGAAAGGUGGAAUUGUACAGUUUUGACAUAUUUGAAGAUGGCCUUGAGGUCCUGACCUAGACAAAGUGAAGUGAACUGAAUAAAAAUUAGGGUUGUUCCAAUGGAUCAACACUUUUUACAGAAUGUAUGUACUUGCAAGCAAAUAAUAAAGUAGAGUUGUGUCUUUGUC